AUGCCACAGAUAUAUGGAAUAGAAUGAAAGAGUUAUUUGAAAAACUAUCCUGUCUGUGUUGGUUUGUUUAACCGUUAGUCUAUGUGGUUUAACAGUUUCGUGGUACUGUAAUUGAACAGCGAGUGUUCAUCGGUGAAUGGCGUUGAAAUUGUGCCCCUAGUGGUUUAGCGUUAACCAUGCAUGAAACUAACGAGCGCUCUUCUCUUUCCCUCUAUGGUACUUCACCUUAUUGGCUGUGUGAGCGCACCAGAGGAGUGUCACCUAAAGUCGACGAUUCGUAUCGAAAUGUGAGGCAAACGACGGGGAAUUUCAAACAACAUUGCCUAAAUGAUGGAACUGAUCAAAUGGCAGAGAAAACCAUGACCUGACCUGUAUCUGGGCUGGACUAUCUUGUCAUUAAUCAAGCCUAUUACAUUGUAUCUGAAUCCAUAAGACAAUUAAGUAAUAUGCAAUCAUAAAAAGAUCUGAGUUACACAGUACCCAUCAUCAAGCCUAGAGAGAUGGUCCUUUCCGAGAAGAGCUCCAGGGCCUCGGGGCCGAAGAAAGCAUGCAGAAAAUGGGGCCUAUGGCCCCAGAGUUUCCCCUCCCCGGCCCUGUGCUGCGCCUGUGGCCUGGGGAUCAUGCUGGCGGGCAUCAACAUCACCUUGGUGGGGGCUUUCACUUUCAAGUCCUUCAUCCCCGCCAGCAACCCAUCCAUCGUCAUUGGGCCACUGCUCCUAAUAGUGGCUCUGUCCUUUUUUGGGGCAUGCUGCAUGUGUAGCCGACGGGCCCCGGCUCGCGAUACCCGUAAGGCAAAGGGGGGCGAGAGCUGGGGGCUGAUGCGGAUGGGGGCCGGCGCAACGUUUGAGAUGGAGACGAGCGAACGCACGCUGCAGGACACCACCGCCGUGCAGCUCAGUCCCACCAACUCCCCGACCUCCUCCCACAAGUCUAGUAACUCCACCCAUAGGGACACCCCUGCACUGCAGGCUUCUGAGGAUGACCCUGCCUCCAGGGCCUGCGAGCUCACCACCUCAGAGACCUAUAAUAUAGAUGUGACACCUGAUGACCAGGUCUUGACCGCAGAGGACCAGGCAUUGACCACUGAGAACCAGGCAUUGACCUCUGAUGACCAGGCAUUGACCUCUGAGGACCAGGCAUUGACCUCUGAGGACCAGGCAAUGAUCUCUGAGGACCAGGCAAUAACCUCUGAGGACCAGGCAUUGACCUCUGAAGACCAGGCAUUGACCACUGAGGACCAGGCAUUGACCUCUGAGGACUAGACAUUGACCUCUGAGGACCAGGCAUUGACCUCUGAGGACCAGGCAUUGACCUCUGAGAACCAGGCAUUGACCUCUGAUAUUGAUUAUAUAUAAGGAGAGCAUCCAGAUGAAGGCUAUACACAAGCCUUACCUAACGUAGCAGGGCUGUCUCCUGGCUAUUACAUAAACUGGUGCCGUAUACUCCUCUGGUACUAUAUACAGUGCAUUUGGAAAGUAUUCAGACCCUUUCACUUUUUCCGCAUUUUGUUACGUUACAGCCUUAUUCUAAAAUGUAUUAAAU